AUGGACGCCAUUCAAGCGGUUGCAGUUCAGUUGGAGAUGCCCUUAGGGUGGUUAGUGGGCGAGCAUAAUUGGGAACCCCUCAUCUCGGGUUCGAAUCCCCUCUAUCCAGCCGCGCCUCUUCAGUGGGACAAAUCAAGUGUGGGUCCGAUGCCGGUGUUUGACACCCCAUACUUGCAAGUAUUGGUUGGAAAAAGAACUCGAAAGCGCAUAGAUGCUAGGUCUAUCGUACAAUUGCUUCAUAGUAUUGGUGCACCACCUGGAACAAGAGCAUAUAUUGAGCAAUCAACUCCUUUUCCACAGGAUGGAAAACAGGGGUGGUGGAGUGGGGGAUUCACAUAUGGAUUGUGGAUUGGGAUUUUAGUUGCAUCAGGCUUCUCUGUUGUUCCCAUAACAUCUCGUCUAUGGAAAGAUCAGUUUCAACUUUGUGGGAGUUCUUAUAGCAAGGAUGAUAGCAGAAAAACUGCAUCGAUCUUGUUUCCAUCAAUGAGCUCCUUCUUGAAGAGGAAGAAAGAUCAUGGUCGAGCUGAAGCUCUCCUCAUUGCUGCUUGUGGAAAGGGUCUUAAAUUGCAGUCAGAAGCUAACAUUUCCUCAGAUUAUGAUCUCAAAGAGUGAUCAGAUAUUUUGAGUAGUGAAAGCUUUAGUUAGCAUGUUCAGCUGGAGCAGUAUUUCAUUUUUUUCUCUUUCUUUUUUUUUCCCACUCACUGUUUAAGGUAAUCUCUAACCAUUUUGAUGGAACUAAGUCUUCGUUUGAGAUAGUUUUUUUACUGCUUUUAAAGUAAUUUUUUAGUACAAAAAUUUUUAUUUAAAAAAAUUUUUGUACUAAAAAGUUGCUUUAGAAAGGGGUAAGAAAACUGUCACAAAUGAGUGAAAUUAUUACGUGCGGUCACCGGAUGAUGUCCAUAUGCAAAUCAGGACGCACCACGUCACCAUUUGCUGUGUAUCGGAGUGAUGUGGUGCAUCCUGAUUCGUCUCUGGACUGUCCGGUGACCGCUCGUAAUAAUUUCUCCACAAAUGAAGCUUAUGUUCUUGUAAGGCUGAUAGGCAUAUAUUAAUGAAGAAAUUCUGAGAAAGAUCAAGCUGGUUUAUUGUUUAUGAGGUGAUUUGUUUCCUUUUGUUCAUUAAAAAGGGGAUUUAGAGUCCCUUUGGGAUUGGAUGUUACUGUCUGUAAUAUUAGUUAUGAAAUUGUUGUAAGAAAAAGAAGAAGUUAUUAUGAGUAUUUUA